AUGAUAAAACACUUUUCAGUUAUGAUAACCUUGAUAGGGUUAUCCUCCCUAUUGAAAUGUGGCCACAAUGUUUAUUUGCUACUUAAUGCUUUCAAACUAGGAAAGGAUAGCAUCGAGGAUUUUACAAUUCCAACACCACUAACAAUUCAAACAAUUUUAUGUGCCCUCAUAACAAUAUACGGAGGAAGUAAACUAUUUCUCAGCUUUAAAAAAGUUGAAGAUAUGCCAAAAGAUUUUGACAAUAAAUCAUGGGAUGCGACACACGUACGGAAAAGCUUCCGCCUAAGCUACAACAGAAAGUUUUUUAUUAAGGAUUAUAUUAAUGAUUUUUUAUCUAAAAAUAUUUAA